AUGCCUUGGGCCCCGCGCUUGCUUGGCCUUCUCCUGCUCCUGGAUCCGGUCUUUGGGAGUUACUCCGAAGAUCAGUGUAGUUGGAGGGGAAGCGGUCUGUCUCAAGAAGCAGGAAGCGUUGAACAGAUCUCCUUGCAUUGCGCCGAAGGAUCGCUGGAAUGGCUGUACCCUGCUGGGGCUUUGCGCCUCAGCCUGUUCCCCCGCCUGCCCAUGGGCGCCGCCGGCAAAGAGAAACCGCAGCACCUGACCGCUUGCAUCAAGCCCUCUGGCAGCUUCCGGGGAGCUCAGAUUUACCUGGAACGGGACGGGGUCUUGGAGCUGCUGCUCUCAGAGACCGAUGCCGCCUUGCAGCCCAAGGUGCACUGUUUCAGGUGGUUGCCCAGGGAGAAAGUGGCCCUGUUCCUGCAGUCCACGUUGCAUCAGGAUAUCAGCCGCCGGAUUGCGGCUUUCCGUUACGAGCUGCGGGGCGAGUGGAGCUCACAGGUCUCCUGGUCUUGGAGGAAUCUCAGCGUGGAAGAUGCAGGGACUUGCCGUCCAUGUAACAACACUGAAAUCCUGAUGGCGGUUUGCACAAGUGAUUUUGUUAUCCGUGGCAAUAUCCGGGCGGUCUCCAACGACAGGGAAGCCCAAGAAUCUAUCAUCAGUGUGAGUGCCACUCGGAUCCACCGACAGAAGUUUGCUUUGUUCCAACCGGUUGGCAAAUCUGGGAAAUCCACCGGCAACAUCCACACCCUGCUACGAUGUGGGGUAAAACCUGGUCCAGGCAGUUUUUUAUUCACUGGCUGGAUGCACUUUGCAGAGGCCUGGCUCACCUGUGCCCCCCGCUACAAAGACUUCCUCCACAUCUACGAGGAGGCACGCCAGGCUCACGAAAAUCCCUGCGAAGUCUCGUUGGACUGAUCUGAGAUGGGACGAGGUCAGGAAGAAGGGAAGCCCCUGGGGGGUUCUGUGAUCGUGCCAGAAGCAGCCGCCCUCGUCUGGGCAGUGGGAGGUGAACCCUGUCCUUAGACACAAGAAAGGCAAGUGCUUUCCUUGCUCUGGGACACCAAAUGGGUCUACCAACCCAUAACUCUUUCCCUGGUUCUCUGUGGAUGAGUUAUCUUGACCAAGUCCGAGUGGAGCCUGCUGAGCUGUUCUCUGAUAAGGUUGAGAAACAUCAUGAAGCAGAUCAAGGGUUUUCAGAACUUCCCAAAGCUGGAAAUGAGGUGGAGCUUGGGAUUUUUGUCUUUUAUGUUGUCACCACCCAUGAAAGCCAACAUAAUUAUUCCUGAGUUUGCAGCAAGCCACACCUGCUCCACCUCAUCAUGGAUGUCUGCAGAUACAUCACCACGCCAACAGGAGCUACCAUCAGUCUAAGGUCUAAGAAAAGGAUGAUCUAUUCAACUGCUCCUCCAUAAUCAACUGAGAAAGCCCAGGAGAUGAUCCAGUUUUUCUCUGUGCGGGGUUGUAUGGUAGAUCACCAUUAGCUUCUGUGAUCCAAGGGUACCAUCCUCAAAGUAUAUGAAGAACCAGAUGUUUUCAGGAAGGCAGAGAAGAAGGUCACCAUGCUUCCUUCCAGUCAAACAUGCUGAGAGAUGCCAGAAAGGGGGACAAAAUGUGCAACUGGAGAGGGCACCUGCUCAGUUUUACUCAUUUUCAUUUUUUAAAUACAUCAGUCUCUAGGUAAUACAAGCAGGGAAGACAAAGCUUUAAACAACCGCAGAUGAAACACGUUUUUCCCCAAAUAACAUGAAUGUGAAAAUGGGUUGAUUGAAUUCCAGAUCUGAAUACCUGGACUGGGUUGCAAGAUUUGUUCAAAUAGUCUGGCUCCAACCACCAGCUUUUCUUCAUAAAACUUACCUUUCUGAUUUCAUGGACACUGAUUAACAGUGGAGAUCCAGACUGGAUUCACGCAUUGUGUUGAACUGUGCUUUGGGCUUUGGGCUCAGUCUGUCAUAUGAA